AUAAUACAGAUCGUUAUACAACUUUUCAACAAGUUUAUAGUACUAAAACUACAGAAGAAUAUAGGCCAACAUAUAUUCAGUCAAAGGCGAAUUCAGAGUCUAUUCCAAAAUCUAUCCUAAUUUUCGAAAAAAUCUGUGAACAACAGGAUUAUCAACAAAUAUUAGAAUCGUAUUUAUACUUCUGUGGCGCACCAAUUUUUCUUGAUGAUUAUUACUUAAAAGAAGUUAUAUUCGUACGUUCGCAGAUUAAUUGCAAUUCACCAAUUGAAAUAUUGUACUACUCAAGUCGUAAAGAAAACUAUCUGAUUUGCUAUUAUUGUGGAAGUAGAGAAGAUCUGGUAACUCCUCCUCAGUCUUUAAAAGAACGGUUCAAGCAAAUUUAUCUGUUAUGUGAAUUCUGUCAGUUAGACCAAAAAGAAUUCCAUAGAAAAGGG